CACCUCAAGUUGCAAACGAUGGAUUAUUAUUCAAACGACCAGUGGUAUGAUCGCUGGGGUCCUGAUCCUCAACCACGAGCGCGCUACUACCAACACUCUCAUCGACACAGCGGCCAUCUCUCCACACCCGAGCCACAAUACUCCAACUUGCACCGCUCGCAUUCACAAGGCCACAAUGUGCCUCAUCCCACAAACAUCCACAUCCACAACAAGAUACCCGUCACCCAAGAGACGACCACUGCCCAGCGAGCAGACUCAAGGCCCCCUCCCCCUAUGCCCGCACCCAUGCCACCUCCACCACAGUUCCAACAAGUGCCUAUGAUGGCACCACCACCCAUGUUUGUUCACCAGCACGUUCCAAUGAUGCAGUCUGCUCCUCCCCCCAUGAUGGAUCCCCACGCCCUGCGAGCUCAGCGUCUAGGCGAACAACUACUCGCCGAAGAGUUUGCCGAGAUGCGUUUACACCGCCAUCGUUCUCACUCUCGCGGCCGCUCACCCGACGACCGUCUGCGUUGGGAUCUCGAACAGCAACGCCGCGAUGCAGCAGCAGCAGAAGCCUGUCGCCGCCACGAGGAAGAUACCGCCGCUCUCAAAGCCCAAUUCGAACUCGACCGCCGCAGAGAAGAAGCCAAAGCCGCAGAUGCCAAACGCCUGCGCGAAGAAGAAGCCACCGCUUUGAAGCUGAAACUCGAACUCGAAGCCGAGCGCGAAGCCGCAAAGCGCAAGAAACAAGAGGAAGACGCAGCAGCAGAGCGCGCCCGCGUAAUCGACGACCACGAACGCAAACUCGCCGCCGACGCAAAAGCAGCCGCCGACGCCGAAGCAGCAUUCAGACUAAAGCUGGAGCUUCAAGCCCGUGAAGAGCAAGAGCGCGAACGCAAAGCCUACGACGAUUUCCUACGCAAACAACGCGAAAGGAAGAAGCGGACGAAAAGGCCUACCGCGAUGCCCUGCGCCGCCAAAAAGAGAAAGAAGAAGCCAAAGAAAGAGAAUACCAAGCCUUUUGCGCGAACAAAAGAAAAACAAGAAGCGGAAGAAAAGGCAAAGAAGGAAGAACAAGCACGUAUUGACUCUGCCAUGCGAUACCGCCUAGAAAAACUAGGUUGGUCCCAACACGACAUAGCCAUCGCUCUCGACCCCGAAAAAGCCGAAAAGGAAAAAAAGAAAAAGAAGAAACAUAGGCAUUCGGGAGAUACAAUGUUCAUUGAUGAGGAUAUUAUCGUGGUGGGUGGUGUUUGCCUGAUGCUCCUCCCCCUGGCUGUGGGCUUUCCUCAACAUCAUGUUCCUGUGUAUCCGCGCAUCAAUCGCAAAUUCUUGGAUAUAGAGACGUUGGAGCAUUAUCACGUGCCUUGGGAAUGGGAUCGUGCAAACUCGGAGUAUAUCAUUCUGCUCCGCGAAUUGGACAAGUAUGAGACAGAUGUGCUGUUUGAACAUACGCGUCGACGUCGUAAAGGUUCUCUGACCAUUGACAAAGCCAAGGAUUCGGGACCAAAGUUCGCUUGGGUCAGACACAAGAGUAAGGAAAGAAGCAAGAGUAGAGGCAGAGAUAUCAGAGUCACUGAGAUUGUGAGACGCUAG